AUGCCUCCUGUCCCUACCGCCAUCCUCCGCGCUCUCGGGCUUCCCCUAGACCCGUCCAAAUCCAGCUUGUCAACGUCCAAUCUCGGCUCCGGCUUCUCGACCACGGGUCGCAUCCGUGCCAGUGUCCCUGUAGGCGAGGGACAAGAAGAAGAACGGCAGUACUUCGUCAAGACGUCCGGCGAUGGCAAGGCGGCCGAGGAGAUGUUUCACGGGGAAUACGAGUCGCUGAACGCGAUCGCCUCGAUCGUGCCUGGUUUCUGUCCGCGUGCGCUAGCGUGGGGGCCCCUCGACGAGGAUGAUGGCAGCAGCAAGAAAGGGAAGAACUUCUUCCUGGUGACGGAGUUCCUCGACCUCGGAGGAGGCGGCGGGCGCUCCUCGUCCCAGUCAUCGCUGGCCCAGCGCCUGGGCAAGCUGCACAGCACGCCUGCGCCGCCAGACCCCAAGACGGGGAAACGCCUGUUUGGCUUCCCCGUGCCGACGUACUGCGGCGACACGCGCCAGCCGAACCGGUUCCGCGAGUCGUGGGCGGAUUUCUACGCCAACGAGCGCCUGAUGACCGUGCUGCAGGAGUCGGAGCGGCGCAACGGCAAGGACCCCGCGCUGCGCGAGCUGGUCGAGCGGACAGCCACCACCGUCGUGCCCGCGCUGCUGGGCGACGGGCAUCUGGGCUACGACCGGAACGGCCAUGGCGAAGGGAUUGUCCCCGUCGUCGUGCACGGCGACCUGUGGAGCGGCAACGCCAGUCGCGGCCGCAUCGUGGGCAGCGGGCGGAAAGAAGAUGAAACGGCCGAGAACAGCGCAGUCGUCUACGACCCGUCUGCCUGCUACGCGCACAGCGAGUACGAGCUGGGCAUUAUGCACAUGUUUGGCGGGUUUGGUCCGGCCUUUUUCAACGAGUACCAUCGCAUCGUGCCCAAGACGGAGCCGGUGGAGGAGUAUGAGGAUCGCGUGAAGUUGUACGAGCUGUAA